UGUGGUCUUCAGGGUUUAGCGGGAUCGCAGAAUCUCUUCCGCUGAUGCUUUGGGUGAAAUGGGUUUCGGUGCGAUUAGAUCGAUUCUCCGUCCGCUAUCAAGAACCCUAGUUUCGCGCGUCGCCGCUAGCUGCUCCUCUGCGCCGUUGAUCCCGGCUGCGAAACCCGAGUUAUGCUCUUUCUUGGGUGGAUCGAGGUUGCCGUGGAUUCCGAUGGCUAAUCAUUUUCAUAGCUUGAGCUUAACUGAUACACGGCUCCCGAAGAGACGACCCAUGGCUCAUCCCAAGAAGAAAAGAUUCAAACUUAAACCUCCAGGGCCGUAUGCAUAUGUUCAGUAUACUCCUGGGGAGCCAAUUGCUUCAAACAAUCCCAACAAGGGUAGUGUGAAGAGAAGGAAUGCCAAGAAGCGCAUAGGGCAGCGCCGCGCUUUCAUACUGUCUGAGAAAAAGAAGAGGCAAGGGCUGGUGCAAGAGGCGAAGAGGAAGAAGAGAAUCAAGGAAGUGGAACGUAAGAUGGCUAAAGUCGCAAGGGAGCGAGCUUGGGAGGAAAGGCUGGCUGAGCUUCAGCGACUUGAAGAAGAGAAGAAGAAAUCAAUGUCUUCUUAAAUUUUGCUUUCCUUCAUCCAAAAAAAAAAACAUAGAAUAAAUCUCUUUCUUUUGAGCUAGGUUUUGCUCCUAACUCUUUGUUGUGUUGCCGAGAUUCACUCACUCUUGUCCCUCUACUGUUUUGUAAGAACCUGAGAGUUACUUGACGUUUCUGAUCUUUAUAACCAGUCAUGUGUUUCUUGUUUCGUGA